GUAAAAGGAAUUUCACUAUAGGAUAAUUACCGUUUUUCUUUCCUGCAUUGACCUUUAUUACACAGAGCGUUUUUCUUUCUAACAAUAGCAAUGCCUUCCCAGGUUCACCACUUUUUCAAAGCCGUGUCGAGUGCAUUUCAAAGCAUUCAUAUCUACACACGGUAUCGCCGCCGAAACAAAUCUGGCCAUGCUGGAGAUAGAAUGAUCUCGACCCAGUCUGGCAAGAACACUGAUAUCCAGAACUGUAUCUGGAAUCCGCAGAGCGAAACCUGCGUACAUCGGGGGCAUGAGUGCGGGUUCUCCAACUACGGGUUCUUCAAGCUAUACAAAGCCUUUGCCUUUGGUCUGUUCGAGUCCACCGACCAUCAGGGAUUUGGGUCUCUGCGGAUACUCAAUCACGCAUGGCUCACCAGCGAGGGCGUGGUGCCUCCACACGAACACGCCUCGUUCUACAUUGUCGCCAUUCCUCUGAGCGGGGAGGUUAAUAUGCGAGUGAAAUUCGGAGACAAAACCUACAAGCACACUGUGUCGCCGGGGCAGAUCGAGUGGACGUAUUGCGGCGACGGGAUCGAGCGGUCAUUUCUGGUGGAGCCAGGAAAGCCUCCAUUGAACGCAGUCGAGUUUUGGAUCCAACCAAGCACUAACAACGGAGUUCCCGCAGUGCAUCUGACGGAAGCAGCCGACGUGUUUACGCAGCCAAACAAGUUCCGUCCAAUCGUAGCACCAGCGCCAUCCUUUCUUCGGCGUGACAGCGACCAAACAGUGGUUGAGCCGUGCCAUUCGUCUGACAAGUACACUGGUGAGCACUGCGACCCCCGGCGUUCGUCGGAUGCCACCAUACAGCCGCAGAGUGCCAAGGACUCAGAUAUGCCUCAGGCUGCACGGGUGCUACAGGUUGAUUCGGACACACAUGUUUGUGCAGCCCGGCUGACUCCAGGCGCCCGGGUGGCAUACAGGACGGCCCAGAUGGUGGUGGAAUGCCGAAGCAGGCAGUGCGGAAUGAGGAAACAGAAGUCAGCAGGCUGGCUGAGCUUUUUGUCCAAUGACUCGGGCUCCCUUCGCAGUGCUCGGUCGGUGACCGAGACACCUGGCGAGGACAGGACAAAGCAGGCGGGUGCCAAAGGCGCAACACUGCCUAACCGCCGUUUAGUUUAUAUUGCGGUUAUCAACUCUCUCGAUGAGUUUGGCGAUGCUGCAAAAGACAUCGGCCGCAUCGUCAUCCCUGGCCAGCUUGAGCUCUCAUACGGCGAUGGCGCAUAUCUAUCGAAUGUGCCUUGUGGAGCAAAGCUCGAAAUCUUCAACCGAGGCAAGGAUCCGGCCAACAUCCUCAUUUUCGACAUGGAUUCAAAUAGCGCCCUAGAGUGAGACCCAAUGGCUGCUUGUAUAGUGUUUAUUUAUUUUGCAUGCCUCAGCCUUCAUACAAAUAGCCGUUCUCGUCUGCUGCGUGCUAUCGCUGCACUGU